UUCAAACAGGGAGUACGUAACCAUCUGAUGUUUGAUUAUGACUGUCUCUUCUUGGAAAUCGGAAGUACACAGUACGGGUCAACUAGCGACUGUCCCUAGAGGUAGAUUGUGAGGGUUAUCGUAAUGAAAGGUACUACCGUACCUUACGAAUUACGACGUAAGCUGCCGCCUCUGUCUCGACGCAAGUACUCGAAGAUACGGCGUAUGUUUGCGAAAGCAAAGUCGCCUCUGCCUCGCCAAACCCCCUUCUGUCACAUACUAGAGUCUGGUGAGACUGUAAUAUUGGGCCUCGACCCUCCCUUGAGCUUUAUACCUUGCGUCCAGAAGAAAGAAAGAAAGAAACAAAAAAAAGGGCCUCGAGGGACCACAUCAAGACAUCCGUCUCUCCUUCCAUAAGUACAUUGUAGGUAGGUUCCUUACACUGUACAGAUCCAGUAAAUCAGGUAGUGUAGACGCUGUUCCCGCCUAUCACUGGCCUAUGCACUCUACGAAUUCUAUAGAUGCCCCGAAAGCUUGGCGGAUGUCAAUGGUCGCGCGACCAGGUGGUGUGGGUUCCCUCCUCUACCCACUCGAUCACGGAACUUGGUUGGACCCCUGACUUGGCGUGUCACAUUGGCCAGCCGCCACCAUGGAAGGCUACGGAACGCCUUAGGUACCUAUCCAUCUUUCUCUGUCGCGAAAGUCGUGGCGCUCGCCCUCUCUAUCAUAGCGGAUACACAGUACAAACAACAAAGUACGGUGCCUGCAAUGUCCUCUGGAAUCUACAACACGGGGUGCCAUGUAGUUUGGGCUGUUGCCACGCAAUCAGUGCAAUCCGUUUACGGUCGGUCAAGGAAUGUUCCGCUUAUGUCGCCAAGUUUCUUCUCAACCAACCUUGCAGAGUCGCGACGGACAGGGGUUUCACUAGUGUGGACUGUGCUGUCGUAGGUGUUGUGUACCUAUCACGGCGAGACCGGUUGAUUGCGGAUAAGGUAUACGUACCCACCCCGUCACUCCUUGUUUAGGUAGGUACCGAAUGACAACCUCGGAGUGCCUGCCUGUGUCUUCCUCCUUGGCCCACCAGUACUGAGAUAGGCAAAGAUAAGAUACGAGUACAUGACUGGCUUUACGCGUGUAAACUCCCUCGCCUUACUAGACCUAGACACACUCUCGGUAUACCUACCAUCAGCGACCAAUAUUCUGCAAGGGGAAAUCCAAAACAACGAGAACAGAUGGAUAUAUAUACAGUGACGUGCAAAAAGUCUGGGCCCACCCCCUUAGUUCCCUCCAGCCCACACAUCUACCCCAUCACGUUUACUACGAAUAGAACCACAAAAUUAAUAAUAUAUAUGGC